GCCGCAGUCUCUUCCGGCGGCCGCAUCCCGGAAGCCGGGGAGCCUGGUGUCCCGCAUCCCGCGCCGAGGUCCAGGAUGUCGGAGGGGGAAGCCAGGCAGGGCGAAGGCUCCCCGCAGGCCGGCGCGGUGACUGUCAGUGACAUCCAGGAGCUCAUACGGCGCAAGGAGGAGAUCGAGGCGCAGAUCAAAGCCAAUUAUGACGUACUGGAGAGUCAAAAGGGCGUGGGGAUGAAUGAGCCACUGGUGGACUGCGAGGGCUACCCUCGGUCAGACGUGGACCUGUACCAAGUCCGAACUGCCAGGCACAACAUCGUCUGCUUACAGAAUGAUCACAAGGCAGUCAUGAAGCAGGUGGAAGAGGCCCUACACCAGCUGCAUGCUCGAGACAAGGAGAAGCAGGCUCGGGACAUGGCCGAGGCCCAUGAAGAGGCCAUGGGCCGCAACUUGGGCCAGAGUGAGGGCCGCAGCCCCCCUCAGGCCUUCGCCAAAGUGAACAGCAUCAGUCCUGGCUCCCCUGCCAGUAUUGCGGGUCUGCAAGUGGAUGAUGAGAUUGUGGAGUUUGGCUCUGUGAACACCCAAAACUUCCAGUCUCUGCAUAACAUUAGCAGUGUGGUGCAGCACAGUGAGGGGAAACCCCUCAAUGUGACGGUGAUCCGCAGAGGGGAGAAACAUCAGCUUAGACUUGUCCCGACCCGCUGGGCAGGAAAAGGACUGCUGGGCUGCAACAUUAUUCCUUUGCAAAGAUGAUUGUUCCCAGGGAACAGUAAUAGGAAACCAUCUUCCCUUGCCCUGGAUGUGGGUCUGGUGGGAAUUUCUUCCUUCUCUUCUCUCCCGGAAGCUUAAGGAUUUGGAGGAAGCUGGAAGCCUGGACUUUUGGGUGAUGGAAACGCUGUGGCCUUGCAGUGUAACCUCUUGGGAUUAAGGCAUUGUUAACUUGAUUUGUGCUUGGCAUCUUUUGCGAAUUAGGCGAUGGCCGUAAAUGGGAGUUUUCUGGAUUGUGGGGAAGUGGGUGGGAGUUAUUCUGGCAGGUGUUGAUAGGAUGUUAUUCUUUAGGAUUUUUCCUCCUGAAUAAACACAGGUUUCAGUGCUGAUAUGAAGAUGUUAUCACCCUAACCGAAUUCCCUUUUAAAAAAUUUUUUUAUGUAAAUUAAAUUUAGUUAACGUACGGUGCCAACUGAAUUUCUUGUGAACCUCCAAACCAAAGCUCUGACAGGAGUUAGAACAUUCUUAUAGAGAGUUGGACAGGGACACCUAGCUGGCUUAGUCAGUGGAGCAUGUGACUUUUGAUUUUGGAGUUGUAAAUUCAAGCUCCAUGUUGGGUAUAGAGAUUACUUAAAUAAAAUCUUGAAAAAAAGAAAAAGUUAUACAGAACAGGGGCACCUGGCUGGCUCAGUGGGUAGAACAUGCAACUCUUGAUCUUGGGGUUCUGAGUUCAAGCCCCAUCCAGGGUGUAGAGCUUACUUUAAAAAAAAAUUUGGACAGAACCAACCAACAGUGGUUCUGAAGUCAGGAUUUGACCAACACUUCAAGAACAUCAUCCGUUAGUGAGUGGGAUCUGCAUCUGCAUUUGCAUUAUGGCACUGCUGCUCUGGAUACAGAAAUUACAUCCUCAGCAGCUCUACCUCCCAGGCACAUUGCUCCCUUGAAGAAUAGGGAAAGCCAGGAGGCUCCCCAGGUAGCCCCCUUAGGUGUCAGCUUCCUCCUCUAUAACCCACAGGACAGCAGCAAGCUCCCUUUGCUUCUGGAAUAAAAAACAUUGCAAAUUAUCUUCUAAUUUGACCUUUUUAGUUGAACCUCCUGGUCAUCCCCUCAAAUCAACAGUAGUUUGUAAACUGCCAAGGUGUGCUUGAUUGCUGAUGGGACCAGCAGUGUGUGCAUACCUGACUCCUUGAAAAUGCUGAUUCCUUCUUCCUUCCUUUUAUUUUCUCUCUUUCACAGGGCCACAUGGGUUUCAGUGAUUCUUAGUGACUCUGUGUUUUACUUUCUACCUUCACCUUAUCACUAUUUUUUCCCACAUUUCUUGCACGUCACUUUCUAUGUCAGAGGAAGGAUGGCCCAUUCUGCUGAGGCAUGCCAGUGUUCCUUGGGAAUGGAUUUGCUUAGGUUGAAUACAGAAACUAGGUUGCCUUGACAGGAAUCAAUACUUGGGCUCUUGCUUCCAGCCAUGGAUUCUCAUGCUCAACUGGAAAGCCUUCAUGUUGAGUGUCUUCCCCAAAACUCUACCCUAGCAGUGCAUCCAUAUGCAUUCCCCCCUUACAGACACAGACAUGCCACGCGUACCACUGUUUGCUGUUUAAAUUGAGUGUGCACGUUCUGAUUCCAAGUAUUUUCAAGUCUCUUUUUAUAAGCCCCAGAUUAUAAUAAACACAGCUUGUAUCAUCCA